GGGUGGGAGCGCGUGCUGCUGGGAGUUGUUUGGAGGUUGGCGGCGCGGGGCUGAGGGCCUUCAGAGCGAUCAUGUCGCACAAACAAAUUUACUACUCGGACAAAUACGACGACGAGGAGUUCGAGUACCGGCAUGUCAUGUUGCCCAAGGACAUAGCCAAGCUGGUCCCUAAAACCCAUUUGAUGUCUGAAUCGGAAUGGAGGAAUCUUGGCGUUCAGCAGAGUCAGGGAUGGGUCCAUUAUAUGAUCCACGAACCAGAACCUCACAUCUUACUGUUCCGGAGGCCACUACCCAAGAAGCCAAAGAAAUGAAGCUAGGGAGCCAUUUUUCAGCCUCAGGCUAUACACAGCUGUCCUUACUUGCUAACAUCUUUCUGAUAAUAAUGUUGCCUUCUUGUUUCUCACUUGGAUAUUUAAAGGAUGUUCAAUAGACUGAAUGUGCCAGUGACCGCUUUGCCUCUUGAGCAGAGCCAACACCACCACUGCCCAGCCGGAGGAGUGCUCUGUGGGCCGCAGCCUCAGUUAAAUGUGACCCCAGAUGCCACGGUGGUCUCUGUAUCCAUCAGAACACACCUGGCAGAUGGAGGAAGCAUCUGAGAAUAAGACCCAUGGCUCAAUUAUAGGGAUUGUGUAAACUUGGGUGUUUUGUUUUUUUUUCCUUCGGGGUAUUCUAUGUAUGGUGACUUGUGGCUUUAUGUUUUCAAUGUAUUGGAAACUUUCCAUUUUAUUCAAGAAAUCUGUUCCAUGUUAA